AUGGCGACUGACAACGCUUCUUCUAUCAAGGCCAAAGAGGAGUGGUCGGAGCAAUCGCAGUCCCGCGCUGAGCUCGCUGCCCGCUACUCAUCCUUUGAGAAGAACCUCACGGUCAGGCAAGCUAUUAAGCUCUACUGGCGGGCUAUCCUCUGGAUCUGCUACUGCCAGCUCACCAUCAUCGGCUACGGCAUCGAUGGCGUCGUGGCCGGGGCCCUCACGUCGACGCCCAAGUUCCGAGAGGACUACGGCGAACCAUUUGACACGGGAACCAGCGUUAGCCACAUCAUCAGCGCCGACUGGCUCUCCAUCUGGGCGGGCGUUUCCCAGAUCACGGCCAUCAUCGGCGGCUUCAGCGUCGGGUACCUGGCAGACAAGGUCGGGAGGAAGUGGUCCCAGGUCAUCUUCGCCGUCAACGCUAUGGCGGGUGUGGCUCUCCAGUAUGCAUCCUUUGGGUCCAUGCCCCUCAUCACCGUCGGCAAGGGCAUCAACGGCUUCUCCAUCGGCGCGUGGAUCGUCCUCGCGCCCCUGUACGCCUCCGAGGUGGCGCCCCUCCCGCUGCGAGGCUGGCUGACGGCCAUGACAAACUUCUUCCUCUUUUGCGGCCUCUUGACCUUCAACGGCGUCAUCUACGAGCUCGGACCUCUAGACUCUAUCCUCGCGUACAGGCUCCCCCUGGCUCUGCAGUGGGCUGUCCCUGCGCUCAUGCUGCUCACCGUCUGGGCCUGGCCCGAGUCUCCAACUUAUCUCAUCCGAUGGGGGAAGCGCGACAAGGCCCUGAAGGCUAUGAGGAAGCUCUACGGGCCCGACGGUAUCAUCGACCACUCAGGCCUGUACGCGCAGAUCGAGGAGACACUCGACCACGAACGCCAGGGCUCCGUCGACAGCCGGGGAUACAUGGAAUGCUUCAGCAGGGAGAACAGAAAGCGAACCUUUAUCGCCGUCUUUGCCUUCACCAUGGUCCAGGCGUCGGGCGGCAUUUUUGUCCUAGGCUACCAGUCGUACUACUACCAGCUGAUUGGGUACGAGACCAAGGCGUCUUUUCUCUUGAGCAUGAUGUGCAACCUUGUCAUGUUCGUCGGCACGGUUCUCUCAUGGUUUCUGCUUGAUCGCGCAGGACGCCGGCCAAUGUUUGUCUGGGGCGAGCUGGUCACGGCUUGCUGUCUCUUUGUCGUCGGGGGCUGUUCCAUCGACGGGAGCAUAGCCUCGUACAAGGCUGCUGUGGCCUUUAUCUUUGUCUGGGCUUUCUUCUUCCAGCUGACCAUUGGCACCAUCGGCUUCACCAUUGUCGCCGAGGUUCCCGCGCUCCGUCUUCGGUCGCGAACACAGGCCUUGGCAAACAUCUCGCUGUCUCUCAUCCAGUGGGUCAUCGGAUUUACUUUUCCAUACCUCUUCAACCCCGAUGCCGCCAAUCUCGGUGGCAGAGUCGGAUUCAUCUACGGAGGACUUACGUUUCUCGGGUUUCUACUUGGAUAUAUUUACAUUCCCGAGACGCGAAAGAGAGGCGUUGACGAGCUGGAUGUACUGUUCAGGGAAGGGGUGAAGCCAAGACACUUUUCAAAGGCAAAUAUCCAGGUUAACGGAGGGAACCUUGAGCUCAUGAAGGAUGCUUCUGACUAG